CAGCUGCUUGUGUGUCUAUCACAGAAUUCCUGUCUUAUGGAGCCAGGGUCCCCGGAUACAGCCAGGGGGUCAGGAUAUACAGAAUGAAGAUUUGACUGACCCUAAAGGCCCGACCUUCUCUGAUUUGCUCUCAUGCACAGAAGGCAAAAAGAAAUGGCACCCUGGGCACCCGCACUACUCCUCUGUGUCAUGGUCCCUUGUGUUUGUGCAACCAAAAUCUGUGCGUUUAACAUGCAACAUUUUGGAGAGAAGAAAGUAGCCAAGGAACAUAUAUUAAACCUCAUAGUUAAGAUAAUCCAGAGAUGUGAGAUCUCAGUUCUUCAGGAGGUGCAGGACCCCAAGGGGCUCGCUUUAUCCAGACUUCUCCAGUCCCUAAAUAAAGCUCAUAAGAAAGACACAUUCAUGGCUGUCACCAGCCCCCCCUUGGGCAGGAAAUCCUACACAGAGCAGUAUGUCUUUAUAUACAGAUCUGACAAAGUCCAAGCAACCCAACAGUACAAAUACGCUGAUGAUGACUCUGAUGCCCCCGAUGUCUUUGCUCGAGAGCCUUAUAUUGUGCGCUUCUCUGUGUUUGGCAAAGGGUUACGGGACCUGGUUCUGGUGCCCAUGCACACAGUGCCAGAAAACGCAUCCCGGGAAAUAGAUGCGCUGUAUGAUGUGUUCCUGGACAUUAUGGUACGCUGGGAUGCAAAGAACAUUCUGUUCCUUGGGGAUUUCAAUGCUGCUUGCAGUUACCUCUCCAGGAAGAAGAAGCGCACCCUUCGCCUAUACAAAGACGAGCGAUUCCAUUGGUUGAUCGAUGACAGUGCAGACACCACAGUCAGGGGCAGUACCAAUUGUGCCUAUGACAGGAUUGUGGCGUAUGGAGAGCAGCUGAUGACCAAUGUCCAGACUGCUGGAGUGUAUAAUUUUACAAAAGAGUUGGGACUCAGUGAGAUACAGGCCCUGGAAAUCAGUGACCAUUACCCGGUGGAACUGGAUCUGAAUGGACAGAACCCUCUCCUACCAUCAUGCACUCUGCUCGCCCUGAGUUUCCUGGUAUCAUUUAUAUCACAGACUUGGGAAAAGACCCCAAUAUACUGAAUGGGACUUACUGUAAUAUUUAAACCGACAUUGUCAUCUCAGGGAGUCAUGAAAAUAAAUGCCCUAUCCUGCACACACACACCCACACACUCAUACAUAUAUAUAUAUAAAGUAAACUGGAGAAGCUUUAGCUACACAUUGCAACCCCAUUGUCCCUCAAAAACAUCUGCUACGUCAACCCUAAGUCAGAACCAACCAUUUAUUCACAUAUUUCCUGGUAUUUACAUAGUGCCAACAUAUCCUGCAGUGCUGAGAUAAUACAGCAUUCCCAUCAGGCCCCAGUGAACUUAUACUCUAAUGUUCCUAUUUCAUUUCCAUCAAUCCAAGGCGCCAUGGAGUUUAUAUGCUAAUAUCCCUAUCCAAAUCCCAUCAGUCCCCACACCAACAAGUUUACAAUCUAUGCUCCCUAUGACAUUCCUAUCAGUCCCUACCCCAGUGAGCUUACAAUCUGAGGUCUGUAUCACAUUCCCAUAAGUCCCUGCCCCAGUGAAUUUACAACUAAGCUCCCUAUCACACUGCCACACAACCAUUGAUAGUAAAGGGAAGUCGCCAGUAGCAAGAGGUUGUGAUAUAAAGGGUCACUCUCCUAAUAGCAAUGUUAAGGAUAAAAAUGAAUACACAAUCAUAUUCGAUUUGCAUUAUAAUUAUACAUAACCUUACCAUGUCACAUGACCCUUGCUGCUGUCUUUAUUAUAAUAAAGGGCCCAUUAAAAAUGAUGGAUUAUACUAA